AUGUCUAUACUUUACAAUCUUUUCCUCAUGGCAAACGCUUCAUCAAAAAAGAUUGCCGCGGCCAAUAAGCGUACGUUGGCCAAUCUGCAAAAAGGCUUCCUCAUUGUGAAUGCUAUCUACAUCUUAUGGCGGGCCAUUUAUCACUGGUCAUCGUUUACCAUUUCGCAGCUUGUGUUAUAUGUCUGUACCGGCGGUUUGAGUAUGUUCUUUUACAGUGUUCUGGAAUCAUCGGGUCGACCGAGCUAUGACGCGAGUGGAUCGUUGCGAUCCAGUGGUGAUGAUCUCAACGCAGAAGGAUUGACAGCUUACAUGUUCGAUAUCAUUUAUGUGACUUGGUUUGUCCACUUGACCACCGCGUUCAUCUCCAACAAGUUCUGGUUCGCUUACCUUGUGAUUCCGGCGUAUGCAUUGUAUAAAUGCGUUCCAAUGAUCAUGUCCUAUCUUGGCAGCGGUGGAAUGGGAUCGGAAGGCGCCGCACCGGAAGCAGCCAAAUCCAAACGUCAAGCGAAAUUGGAAAAACGAGCCAACAAAGGACAAUCAGUGAAAUACGUGAAAUAA